GUGGUCGACCAGAUCUAAUACUGGUGUAACUGAUUAUAUAUGAAUGCACCCAUAAUGUGUUAUAUGCAUUUACUUGUAUACAUGUGUCUUUGUAUCUUGCAGAAAGGUGAAUCGGUGAAGAAGAUGCGAGAGGAGAGCGGCGCUCGGAUCAACAUUUCUGAAGGGAACUGCCCCGAACGCAUCAUCACCCUCGCAGGCCCCACCACCGCCAUCUUCAAAGCCUUCUCCAUGAUCAUUGAGAAACUAGAGGAGGACAUCAGCAGCUCCAUGUCCAACAGCACGCUCUCGCCUCCUAAAGGUGUGACCAUCCCUUACCGACCCAAACCCUCAGGAUCGCCUGUCAUUUUUGCAGGAGGACAGGCAUAUGCGGUGCAGGGACAACAUGCCAUUCCUCAGCCUGAUCUCACUAAACUCCACCAGUUGGCAAUGCAGCAGAGUCCCUUUCCUUUGGCCCCCAGCAGCCAAGGCUUCACUGCUGGUAUGGAUGCUACUGCACAGACAGGCUCUCAUGAACUGACCAUUCCAAAUGAUUUGAUUGGCUGCAUCAUCGGCCGCCAAGGUGCCAAGAUCAAUGAGAUUCGUCAGAUGUCAGGGGCACAGAUCAAGAUCGCCAAUCCAGUGGAGGGCUCAACCGACCGACAGGUCACCAUCACCGGCUCACCUGCCAGCAUCAGUCUGGCCGAGUACCUAAUCAACGCACGACUCUCAUCCGAGGCUACAGGAAUGGCCGCGAACUGAUGCUCUCCGCCACCCCACCGCCCCUUUUCUCCUCCUCCAUCACAUUACGCUCUCUAAGUGCAAAAGGAAACCAAGUAUUUUCAACCUAACUUUUCCUUUCACCCACCCCAAGCUAUGCUUCAUGGAUAUACACAAGUAUUUUAUUUAUUUAUUUCAUGAAAAUGUUUUUAAAAUCCCUUUGCGUACAGUUUUUAAUGUCUUUUUUCUUUGCAUAUUUUGUCAGUUAACAUUACCGUAUAGAAGUGAAAGUGGAAAAAUCUGAAAACGCAUAAAUGUUUUUGUUAUCUCAGAUUUUUCUUAUAAAAACAGAAACAAAUAAAAAAGAAAGCAAAUACUAAUUAUAGCGCUUUCCCUAUAUCAAACAUUUAUUUAUUUUAAUUUAACUCUAGGAAGUUACAGAUUUUAAAAUCCUAGAAAUGAGCUUUAGAGAAUAAGCUCCGUUUUCUGCAUCAGAUCGAUUUGAAUCUGUGAGCUGUUUUUUUAUUA